AUGUCUCAGAUCCGAGUGCUGACGCGCAAGCAGCGCGAUAUGCUCAAAACGUUUCUUCCUGGAUAUGUACUUGUCAACUCGGGGACAGCGGAAGAGACAGCAUUUUGGGAGUCUGUUUACUCCAAGUGGUUUGAAACCUGGCCAGAACAUGAUGUUCACUAUGCGGAUAUACCACCUGAUCAAUUAUCCGGCCUGCAACAGGCAUUGCUCAAUACUGCUAUUGAGCGUCGUUGCCGCAGGAUUAAAUUGUUCAUCCAGAUGAACCACUUGUGUGGGAGUUCCGACAAGGCGACUUUGCGGGCACACUUUCCCAUCAGGAAGACACGAAGGUUUGCCAUUCUACUCAUAGACAUGCCACAGAAAAAGUGGGCUACACCAGAACAGGAGGAAUUCCUCCUCGGUCACUUUCCGGAAUUCCGCAAACAUGCCGUGGUCAAGCGCUACCGGGAUUUUUUGAAGCGUGUUGGUAUAGAAUGGUUCCAACGCUGGCCCGAGCGCCAAGCAUUGUUCCCAGAGUUCCCGGCUGACCAUGUCUACACGGCCGAGGAAGAGCAGAAACUGGCAGCGGGCAUAGAGACUCGUCAUCAGGCAAGUCAGGGAUACCAAAUUGCCUCCUGGUUCAGAUGGCAGAAUAAUCCUAUCCGCCUAGGCCGAUCAGCUGCUGUAAGAGGGGUGCUGAAAUUUGACACGGUGUUAGCUGGGGGUGUCAAUCUGAAAGGAACCCGCGCACCGCAGAAAAUUGAUGUAUACUCCAACAAGUACUACAAAGAAAAAAUCAAGCAUGCUGCAGACGACGCCAUCGAGAAGGAACAUAUUACCAACAGAGGCCCGAAACUGCAAAAGCGCCGCGAGAUCACGCGUCGUAUAUAUUCAGACGAAAGCGAAGCUGUCAAAGCCAAGAUUGACAAGAAGUAUGAAAAAAUCAAGGCAAGAUAUGUGAAACAACGCCAACGCCUAAAGUCAGGGAAGCCACCAAAAAUUGACGACAUGUCAAAAAUCAAGGCUAUUCAGGAGCUCGGUCCCAUGCUUGAUCGGGUCCUCAAGUACCUUAGUCAUAUGACAGGAGGGUGGAAGUUUAGCGUGUUGAUGGGGGGUCACGAUCCUAGCACAGGUGAAGUGUCAGUAUUUAACUACCACGUGGGAGAAGUCGAAAGUGGUGCGCAGUUCGACCAGGUGUACGGCAAGUUCGAUGCUGUGCAGAGUGCCUUCCUAGAAUUUGUUAAAAAUUCUAUCAUUUUCGAUUCUACGUCAUCGCAAGAGCCUGAGUCAGACGAAGAUGAAGAUGAAGAACCGUUGUCGGACUUAGACGAAGAUGAGGGGUGGGGAAAGAGCGGUGACGAGAGUGGGCAGGGUCUCUAUCGCAUGACUCCUCAAUCCGAUGGAGGGGUCAAUCUACCUCCCAAUGAUAAUCCCCCCAGUUACGCAAAUACCACCAGUGAUGCAUCAUUCAAUGCAUCAUUCGGUCUCGAUUCUCAGGCAGCCGCAACCCACCUGGACAACAUAGACUUUUCAGUCCUUGAUCCGCCGGCCGACCCCAUCAUAACAGGCGACAUAGAUUUUUCAGCGUUCGAUCCGACAGCAUUCCUUGCUGUGAUGAACGAUCCCGCCUACACUGACUUGCUCAAUUCCUCCGACGCGCCUCCCGUGGAUUCGCAUCCCAAUGCGUAUUUGUCGGAAUCAAUCACGCAGACUCCGGAGGUCCUUCUUCCUCCCAGAAACAACGAGGAGGUCCUUCUUCCUCCAGGAAACAAUGAGGAGGUCCUUCUUCCUCCAGGAAACAAUGAGGAGGUCCUUCUUCCUCCCGGAAACGACGACUACACCAAUGUGCCUGCUGCUCCCCAUGGCAGGCGCAGAAAUCGCGUCGACGGAACUCAAGCACCUGCACCAUCCACAGAACAACAAGCCCCACGUCUGCGUGUACGAAACAGUGUACCAUUCAAUCCACGCGAACGCGACAAUGAGAUUGGUGCCUCAACACGUCAUAUUCCUACUUCCGUUGCUGCGAAGGAUAAGCGGAAAAAUGCCGAGAACAACUCUGGUUCGCACAAGACUGUACCAGACUCUACUCCCGCACUACCUACUAGUGUACGGCGUCGAGCGGCGCAUCGUUUACUCGCAAAACGUGAUAUAGACGAGCCCCGUGUUACCGGGAGGCGCAAACGUGCACGUGGAGAGCACGAGCAGCCUGCUGCAGCGAGCUCUGCUGAAGAUCCUGGAGAGCAUCAAGACGGUGGAGCAGUGCCGACUGCUAAAGACCACGCUGCUGCUAUAGGAAGCAGACACUAGCGCGGGACCUGAGAGAAUCAGUUAAGCUCAGUCGUCGUGCUCGUAUG